AUUUGCAUCAGUCUUUACUACACCGGACACGAUGUACCGUUUCCUAGUCUUGCUCUUGGCUCUGACUGCUUCCGCUUACGGCGCUAGUGUCGGCGGGCGUAUCGUUGGAGGAACAGCCGCUCCCGAUGGAGCUUAUCCUUACCAAGUCUCUCUGCAGACUCUCCUCGGUGGACACUUCUGCGGAGGUUCAAUAAUCAACGCACGAUGGAUCCUGACCGCCGCCCACUGCGUCAUGAGUUACCAGCUAAUGCCGGGCAUGGUUCGAGUCCGCGUUGGCACCAACGAUCGUCGCUAUGGUGGUUCCAUCUACAUAGCAAGAAGAGUCCUGAUCCACCCUGACUACACGCCCUCAGAGUUCCGAAGUGACGUUGCCUUGAUCCGACUCACCUCGAGUAUCACUUUCACCACCAAAGUCCAGCCAGUUGCUUUGCCCAGCGAAGAUUUCACCAAGGCCAACUACCCCGCAGUGCUCUCCGGUUGGGGAAGCAUCGCCUUUCCAAGCGGAAGCAGUCCAAGGUACCUCCAGCACAUCACCCUGAACAUAAUCGACCAGGAAGCGUGUUUGGCCAGAGACUGGAGAACCUCGGAGAGCAACAUCUGCACGCUAACGGUAGCCGGAGAGGGUGCCUGUCACGGUGACUCGGGCGGUCCGCUAGUCGCCGACGGAAUCCAGGUCGGAAUUGUAUCAUGGGGAACACCCUGCGCGGUUGGUGAACCGGACGUCUUUGCCCGCGUCUGGAGCUUCAUCGACUGGAUAAACGCAAACGUGAACUAAUGCGGUGCAGAUGAUGAAGAAGAAGUUACGGAGUUCAUUUGGAGAUAGACUAAAUUGCUAUUUUCUUGUUUAAACAAAUAAA